AUGGACCUGCACACGGCCGUGUACAAUGCGGCCCGCGACGGCAAGCUGCAGCUGCUGCAGAAGCUGCUGGGCGGCCGGAGCCGAGAGGAGCUGGACGAGGUGCUGGGCGAGGCGGCGUGCGGGGGGACGCCGCUGCUGAUCGCCGCGCGCUAUGGGCACCUGGAGGUGGUGGAGUACCUGGUGGACCGGUGCGGGGCCAACGUGGAGGCCGGGGGCUCGGUGCACUUCGACGGGGAGACGAUCGAGGGCGCGCCGCCGCUCUGGGCCGCGUCGGCCGCCGGGCACCUGUCGGUGGUGCGCAGCCUGCUGCGGCGCGGGGCGUCCGUGAACCGCACGACGCGCACCAACUCCACGCCGCUGCGCGCCGCCUGCUUCGACGGCCACCUGGAGGUGGUGCGGUACCUGGUGGGCGAGCACCAGGCCGACCUGGAGGUGGCCAACCGGCACGGACACACGUGCCUCAUGAUCUCCUGCUACAAGGGACACCGGGAGAUCGCGCGCUACCUGCUGGAGCGAGGCGCGCAGGUGAACCGGCGCAGCGCCAAGGGCAACACGGCCCUGCACGAUUGCGCCGAGUCCGGCAGCCUGGAGAUCCUGCAGCUGCUGCUGGGCUGCAGGGCGCGCAUGGAGCGCGAUGGCUACGGCAUGACCCCGCUGCUGGCCGCCAGCGUGACGGGCCACGCGCACAUCGUGGAGUACCUCAUCCAGGAGCAGCCGCAGCAGCCGCACCUGCUGGGCCCGCCCUCCGAGGAGGAGGAGGAGGAGGAGGAGGAGGAGGAAGAAGGGGCUGCCCGCCGCGAGAGCUGCUGCCCCACCAGCCUCGAGGCAGCCGUGGAGGCCUUGGAGCUGCUGGGAGCCACCUACGUGGACAAGAAACGGGACCUGCUGGGUGCGCUCAAGCACUGGAGACGCGCCAUGGAGCUGCGGCUGCAGGGCGGCUCCCAGCUGGCCAAGCCCGAGCCCCCGCAGCCCGUGCCGGCCUACGGAUACUCGCGCGAGGCGCGCACCCCCGAGGAGCUGGAAGCGCUCAUCGCCGAUCCGGAUGAGAUGCGCACACAAGCUCUGCUGAUCCGAGAGCGCAUCCUGGGCCCCUCGCAUCCGGACACGUCCUAUUAUAUCCGCUACCGGGGCGCCGUGUACGCCGACUCGGGCAACUUCGAACGUUGCAUCCGCCUCUGGAAGUACGCGCUGGAUAUGCAACAGAACCACCUGGAACCCUUGAGCCCCAUGACCGCCAGCAGCUUUCUGUCCUUCGCUGAGCUGUUCUCCUACGUCCUGCAGGACCGGGCGGCUGCAGCGGCAGCGACACGGGGCAGCCUGGGUCCGCACAUCGGCUUCCCGGACCUCAUGGGCGUCCUCAACAAGGGUGUGCGGGAGGUGGAGCGGGCCCUGCAGCUGCCCCAGGCGCCGGGGGACUCGGCCCAGUUCGCCAAAGCCCUGGCCAUCAUCCUGCAUUUGCUGUACCUGCUGGAGCAGGUGCAGGGCACGCCCAGCCAGGAACACCUCAAGCACCAGACGGUAUACCGCCUGCUGAAAUGCGCCCCGCGGGGCCGCAACGGCUUCACGCCUUUACACAUGGCCGCCGACAAGGACACGACCCACGUGGGCCGUUACCCGGUGGGCCGCUUCCCGUCGCUGCCCGUGGUGCGGGUCCUGCUGGAGUGCGGGGCCGACCCGGACAGCCGAGACUUCGACAACAACACGCCGCUGCACAUCGCGGCGCGCAACAACUGCCCGGCGGUCAUGAACGCCCUGCUCGAAGCCGGAGCCCACAUGGACGCCACCAACGCCUUCAAGAAGUCGGCCUACGAGCUGCUGGACGAAUCGCUCCUGGCCAAGAGCUCCGUGCAACCCUUCCGCCACGUGACCCUGCAGUGCCUGGCCGCGCGAGCCCUCGACCGCAACAAGGUGCCCUACAAGGGCUUCCUGCCCGAGGAAUUGGAGGCCUUCAUCGAACUGCAUUGA